GAAAAGAGAAAGGGAGCCAGGGUGAGGGUGAUGGUGAUGGUGGGCGUUGAGAUUGAGGGUGGGGGGGUGGCGGUGACCGGAGGUUGAUACGCAACACGGCUGCGGGGCACGGCUGCGGGGAGUCUUCUCGAUAUCCAUUUGUCCACCCAAGUGUCUGGUCGCCAAAGAUCACGCCACUGGGCACGACGGGGCGCUAUUGAUAACCAAUUCAGGGCAAUAUGUAUGAGAUGCGUUUACAAGUGGUGUGAUGGUGUUUGGUUUGGCUGCGGAGUGAGCUGACCACGUUGUACACGUUGCGGGGAGACCGCGGGAGGCAGAAGGGCCUGGGCGGGCUACUAUUCGUACGGGGGUUCGUGUGGGUGCUUCGGGCUGCUGCUGUCCGUUUGCGCACCCAGCAGCGGCGGCGCGUGAAAAUCUUCGGGCUUUUCACUGCGCAUUUUGUGGGAGACACUUGCAUACGUAAUCUUUCUUUUUAUGAUCCAAAGACCGCGCUCAUUCAGUGCGGCAAAACGUGUGUUUUACUAGCCUGUUGCUGAUUUCCGCUGCUGCGACCCUACAGCGCAGUCGGCAUGUAUGCGUGCUGAUCGGUUGGUCCUUCCUUAAUAUCGCACGUGUUGAGCUUAUGGGACUGAGAUGCAACGGGACUUCCAGGGACACCGCGUUUCGUGGCGUGUAUGUCACGUGUGGCGCGCCGUGAGCAUCGCACAGGCAUCAGCAUAUCCUUUGAGACGCAUGGAUGCAAGGAUAACCCAUGCCGUCGCAGCCCCACACGCAUGCGACCCACAGCGCAGCUUGUGUUUGAGUGCUGCUGGGGGCACGUACAAUGGCCGUAUUGGGUUUUAUUGAGGGGAGGGGCAAACGGAUGUGGCGUGUGCCUGGCACGGUGCUGCAUUUGCAUGACUAGCUAGUGGCACGGUAACCAAUCUCCCAUGUACCUUCUUACUUUCCGCGCGCUUUGCUGCCGCUGCGCCGAUUUCAUAUGUCAUGCAUGGCGGCAAUGAGGGAGAGCGCAGCGGUAUGCAAAGCUGCGCGCGCACAUGACGAAAGCAUAGCUACCGUGCGUGUGUGUGAAGGCGGUUGGACUAACACGCUGCUGACGAAUGCAUGUGCGGCUGUUGCAUGAGAGGCAAGCAAGUUGAUUGUGAGAGGUGGGGAUGUGUGCGCUAUGCGUAAGUCACGUGAGUGUGGCAACGGAGCAGCCCGUGGGAGGGGUGCCGCCAAGCGCUGCUGCAGUUUGAAACAAAAUCCAAAAUAUCAAGAACAAAUGUGAAGAAGUUUGGCAAAUGAAUGAAUGGCCAGACCAGAUUGGAUGGUGUGGAUUGAGACUCUGUUGCGUACUGGAUUGUAUGCGCGCUCUGAUGCGACCUACUUUGAACUGUUUCGCGUUUCGUUUUGUGUGCCCAAAGGAAGCGCGCGCCCCAGGAGUACAUGUGUGGGAAUGUGUUGUGCGCGGCCCCUCACAUCUGCCAGCAGUGAUCGACACUGAGCUCGUGCACGGAGAUCUUUGUAGCCGGAAAAUCGGUUGAGCUGAUGGGAACCCGGGCGUGGGCGUGUCCCCGCGUCCGUAUGGGGCCUGCUUCAUUUGCGGGCACGCCGCGUGUGCGGAUGCCUUCGGCGUUCACUGGUGCUUAUAGUAUCCAUACAAGCAUGACGGUAUGCAAUUGCCGCCGUGAGUACGGGUAGGCAAGGCGCAAUGAUUGAGUGAGACGGCUGGAGUUACAGAGCAACAAGUAGGGGGCAGAGCCGCAGGGACAGCAGGCUUCAACGGGCACGGGCCCCCAGGCGCGCGGCCGCCACUCCUAAAUGCAUUGUCUCAGGAGCUAGCUAGUUCCUAGCUAGCCCGGGGUCUCCUAAUUUGCAUCGAUAGGUUUGCCACCGUAUUGUUGGUGAAGACGUGAAAGCAGCUUCGUGCGCUGGGCACGGCACAUUCGCCAAUGGACAUCCCGCUGUGGGCUACAUGCCCGGGUCAGGUUUUGCUUGGGGCGCACGGGCUCGCUGUGCAACACCGCUGGCUGCCCGUGGAGGCGUGUCCCGUGCAUACCGUACACGUAAAGCGGUAAAGGAUGUCUGCUGGAGCUUGGUCGCAGCCUGACCCUCUGAGAAUGUGUGUGUGCGUGUGUGUGUGAUUGUGUUACUCUGGUUGGACUGCAUUGGUCGGUUGGGUUCCGUAUCUGUUGUGAGGAGGGUAGGGCGCGUCAUGACACGCGUACGUCUGACAACUGCUGGCGGUUUUACAGCAGUGCUACGUAUGUAGCAAAAGCCGGGGGUGAGAAGCGGACGAGCACACAUCCCGGAUGGCGAUCGGGCGCGGCGCUAAUAAGUUAAAUUCGCCACGAUACUGUAUGUGAUGGGAGCCGGUUACAUGGGAGGUGGCAUGGGGCGCCUGGCUCCUCUUGGUGCCACCUGCUCGCGCGAGCCCGCGUCUUUGUUGACAGCUCUUGUGGGUUUGGUUGGUUGGUACGCAGGAGAUGCGGAGACGGAGAUUUGGUCUGGUCAACGGAGAUUGCGCAGUGUGGGUGUUUUUUGGGUUGACUGCUUUACUGGGGGGUGCGGGCGGGUGGCGGUUCGGCAUGGACACGUACGGCAGCGGUGUGGGCUCUCACACGGCUGACGUACGGUCAUAUCGUGCUCAUGCAGCAACACCGGUCUCAAGCAAGCGCUGAGACUGGGCGCUGUGACUUGGCGCUGUGCCACACGAAGUUGGUUUGUUUGUUAGCUGCGCGCGGCGGCAUUUCUACGGGGGGUUACCAUGCAUCCUGAAGCGAGCUUCAGCUUUUGAUCCAUUCACUGGCUGCCUGCGUGGGGGCAAUGUAUGUAAUAAUCAAAUGAAAGCAACACUUCUGAGUCCGCUAAAGCAACUGUGUUCAAAACUCCGCGGAGUCCGUGAAACGGGGAGCGGGGCUAUCUAGCUGCUCUAGCCACACACCAGCACGCGAGUGGCUGUGAUGGGCGUGCGAUGGGACAGUGUCAAGGCAGGUUGGCGAAGUCCCGUAGGGUGCAGCUGAUUCCCAGACCCCAGCAGAUGGCAAACAAUUUGCAUCGGCAGUGCAUGAGCUCGCGACUGGUCGAACGCCGGAGUUACUGUGCCGACAAGUUGCUGACUGGCGGGAAGUUUGCUGACGCGCAUUCCCCCCACGUGUGGCUGUGAUGGCUGGAAGGAUGCCCCUGCCACCCGUUACCGUACCGCAGCCUUCGUGACCGCUCCCAUGGUCCCACCGGGCGGUUUGGAAGAGGGUCAAACACAAGGCAGGCCAAAUCAAGCUGUAUGUUUAUUUGCGACGUUGCAAGAGGGAACCAUGUGCGAUGCUGUGCGAUGUCGCUCCGGGAGAAGCGGCGCAGCCGCAUCGGGAGUCGAGCCUUCCCAUUGGCGGGGGCCUGCGCUAGCUACUGCGUGCGGUACGCUUUGGUAUGCAACCCAGAACGUGCGUGCAAUAAGAUAUAUAGAGACGGUUGCGGCCUCAGACUGGAGACGUGGCGUGGGCUCAGUCGGUCAGUCCACUUUUCCCUUAUUGCGAAAGUGGUGUCGCGCGCGGUGCGUGUGGCUUGCGCUUGCUUGCGGUUUUGAGCCGUCUGCAGUGUGAGUGCCCUUGGCU